UCCAUGCCGUCACCGAACCCACCCCAGUUUGAAAGGUAUUCUUCCAGUUGUCAUCGCGAAAUUCUGUCCCUGGGAGAACCCAGUUUUCUCCUAGGGGAUGGAACUCGAGGCCACGCCCCACAGCCAAUGGGAACGAAGAUCGUAGGGUGCAGAUUGAAGGCAGCGAGGGUGGCGCUUUGAGUGAAACUACGAGAUCGGGGCGUCGUGUCUGGACAUUUGUCUCUUCUAGUCAUCGAAACGGUCCCCGACAACAGGGAGUCAAAAUUCGCCAACGAAACUAUAAACGCGACGGCAAUUUCAGUCCCGGUUGAAGUUGAAACGACCGUUUUUUCUUUCGCCCCUUACAAUCAUUCGUUUGUUCAUAUUUCAUGUAUGUUUUAUGUAUUCUCUUCCGCAUACCUCUCGACGAACAAGCCGUCGAACUUGUAUCGCCGUGUAACGCAGUGCUGUGAACAUAUUCGUAGGUCGUUAAUUAUUCAUUUAUUCCACGGAAUUCCGAAAAAUCCGAACAGGGUCGCGGCGAAAAGAAAAGUUUGUACGUUACACAACCCAUGUACGUGGAAUUACGCACGAGAGGAUAAUUUUAAAUACAGAGAAGAAGAUAAAAAAAUUUUCCGGUGUUCGAAUCCAUAAUCUUGUCCAACUGCUCCCUCUACCUCUCCACCCCUCCCUCGCGCACGUUAUUUUAUUCCGAAAACGAAAACGAAACGAUUUUAAGAUCGACGGUGAUAGUUUGCCACGAGAUAAGCAACACGAUCGAUCGUUGAUGUGAAAGAGUUCGCGGUGCAAUAAAUGAAAUUAAUAUGGCUCUGGGGUGUAACUGAAAGUUACGAGAAGUAAAAGAAAGCAUAAAAAAAGAGAUGCUACGGCGAAUGUCGGGUGAAAAAUCCGGAGUGGCUCAACCGGUCUAAUUCCUCCUGCUGCUGUUGCGGGAAUAAUUGGUAAAAAGUAUUCCGCUGUGUUGCCGAAUAUUUGGAACAUGGUAGAAAGUACUUUCGGUGGCGACUCCCCGAAAUCAAGAUCAUCGAUGUCCGAACCUUCCAGCCCGCUCCAAGACGGACCAGGACUAUCAGGAUACAGUCAUUCCUACCUCUACAGUUACAACGCUGAGAGACUUCAUCAUAAAUUACUCGCCAAAUCCGAAUCCCAAAUACUGUCGUCCAAUUCGAAGGGAGAUCAACAUCAGCAGCACAAUGCGGAUCAAUUACUCGAUCGGGAACGCGCGUUCUGCAGGACCCUUCACAGCCCUUGCAACACUAGUCCUGCGGGAGAUCAAGUAAAUUUCCAGUACAUUCGUCCGUCGACCCAACAAAAUUCGAGGCCAAGUUCUUCGGCUACGAUGUCAUCGCCGACCUCAAUUUUCACCAUCGAUAGCAUACUGGCUCCUCGUUCGGGUUCGGGGAACGUGACUCCCACUAGUUCUGCCGGCGUAACGAAUCCCCCGAAAACACCGGAUCAAACCGUUAAUUCGCCUCCGAGAAACGCAACGAUUCACCCUCUCCAGCAACAAUUACACCACUUGGCUUUUACGUCGGCAGAUUUUCUCGCUGCCGCUUAUCCAGGUCUUUAUCCCGGGGGUUACGUGGCGGCGAUGGCUGCCGCUGGAGUUUCUCUUCACGGGCAACCGGCGUUUUAUCACGCGGCUCAUCCUUAUCACAUGACUCAAGGUGUUCCAGGAGUUGGACCGAUGACGAAAAGAAAACGUCGUCAUCGUACGAUUUUUACCGAAGAACAAUUGGAGCAGUUAGAAGCUACUUUUGACAAAACUCAUUACCCGGAUGUCCUUCUCAGAGAACAAUUGGCCCUCCAAGUUGACCUGAAAGAAGAACGCAUCGAGGUGUGGUUCAAAAAUAGACGAGCAAAAUGGCGCAAACAAAAACGUGAGGAACAGGAAAGACUUCGAAAGCUGCAGAUGGAGCAGCGGCAACGCAGCGACGACGCUGUUCUCAUAUCACCGAUCAGAGCAGCGAAUCAUCUUACCCUCACCAAAGACACGCAUGACCAGGACACCGACAGUUCCGACCUCGAAGUUGCGUAGUUUUGAACCCUCAUCGACACCGUGACGAUCUAAGCGAAGUCACUUUACCGUUUCAUUGUGUGGAACUUUUCGAUGAACAUGAAUUACCGAUAAGUUUCAUUCUCAAUUCUGGUCCUCGCACAUUUUUAACAUUAUUGUCAUAAUUAUCGCGAUUAUUAUUAUUUUGCUUCCGAGUUGGAAUUAGUUGAAGCAAAAAGUGUUAGAGAUGUGUGAGAAAUUGGUUGAACGAUAUGAAAUUUAUUCACCCGCUCGUGAAU